AAAGUCGAAAGAAACACGGAUCAUUCUGCCGCGAAAUCCUGUCCGUGAAUUCUGGGUGGAAAAUCGGCCUCGCGGAGGAAAUUCUUGUGUUCAAAUUGUCCUCGAGCGAUGGUGGAAAGUGCCAGGGACUAGUGCUAAGGUCGCAAUGCGAUUUCCCACCUUCCUGAAGUCGUUGCUGCUCGGUGUUCCGGUUGGAGUUACGCUCCUGGACUGCGUCGGAUAUGUGGCGCGAGUCGAGGGGGUCUCAAUGCAGCCGGCCCUCAAUCCGGACGCCAGCGUGACCGACUAUGUGUUCCUAUCGCGCUGGGCCGUGCGAAACAUGGACGUCCAGCGGGGUGAUAUCAUUUCGCUUAUUUCCCCGAAGGAUCCCAACCAGAAAAUCAUCAAGCGCGUCGUCGCACUACAGGGAGACGUGAUUGCCACGCUAGGAUAUAAGCUCCCGUACGUUAAGGUGCCCGAGGGCCACUGCUGGGUUGAAGGGGAUCAUACAGGCAACUCAUUAGAUAGUAAUACGUUCGGACCGGUUUCACUGGGACUGGUAACGGCUAGAGCGCUUCAGAUCGUUUGGCCACCAUCCCGGUGGCAACCGCUCCCUUCGACCGUACCGCACUCAAGGAUCCCGAUAGCCAUGGGCAAACGUCCGACAACGGUUCCGGCCAGCAAUGGCUCCAAAACUGCCAAUAGUCACGCGGCCAGCAGUAGCGCUAGUAACUCUUCCAUCGCCACUCCCUAAAAGGAACACAACCGACUGAAGAAUCCCCGACUCCACGUUCUCCUCUAGCUACAGGAGCCCCAAACCCACACUUUCCGCAAAUUCUAUCCUUUAUCAUAAACGAAUGCUAGUUCUGUCGCUUUAAAAAGAAUUAUACGAUUUAAUUGAACAGUU